UGGGAGCGUGAUUAUUAUUGUCCUUUGCCGUAGUGGCCGGACGUUGCGUGUAAUAUGAGAGCGGCCGUGAGUCUGGGAAUUUGGAAUAAUGUGUAUCAUCAUCAUCAGCAUCAGCAUCAUCAGCAUCAUAGACAUCUUCACUCAUCAAUCAUAAAACAUUUCAAAAAAGACAUCUCCUCUCCAAAGUCUCAAUAAAUAGAGCAAUAUAGACAUCGCACCUCUCCAGAAGUUCAUCUCAACUCAGAAAAAAGUCUAUUUCGAAACCUUGUCUUAUUAGACACCUUGAACUAUAACGACAAACCAUCCACACUUGUUAAACUAUCUAAGUUUCAACCCCCUAAAAUCAAUAUGUCAGCUAUCGCCAUUAACGCCGCCCGAUCCCCCCUUUCCGCUCUUGCCCGACAAGCUUUCAAGAGCUUCCGGCAAUCAGCCAGGAUCGUUGAGGGCCCUACCGAAGCACUCCCCUCAGCCGGCCCGUCUCAACGCGGUGACUGGGGCCGCAUCGCACGAUCUCGUCUUGGUGUUGCUGCAGUAUACUUCCCUGCUUUAGGCGGCUUCCUCUCAUGGCCUUUCAUCAGCAAGGCCAUCCUCGACGGCCACAUGUGAUAGUUCUAAUUCGCUUCGAACAUGUAUUACCUUUACAUAUAUACCGGGUUAUAUAAUACCUACCAUUCACUACAUCGACGACUACACACCUGUACAUAGAGUCUUCCGCAUUUACGGCAUCCGGAAGGCGUUUUUGGUUUGCCAGAGAGAAACAGAAUAACUGGCUGUUUUCUACAUCAUGAUAUCAGAGGCGUUCCGGCUCACUACCUAAUCAGUUUGAAGAAGGCAAAUAGGGGGGGGAAUUGAGAAGGAGAAGCGGAAAAAUCGUCUAGAGUCGUACUGCAUUCUUGGAAGUCGUACAACGUUGUCGACCAUCUUCAACCUCUUCUAUACGUCUAUAUAUACCUAUUUAAGAUAUAACAGUGCCGUUGACCGCAUGAGCGGCAGCAGAAAUAUCAGUUCCUUUAUCAGUUCCA